AUGGCAGCACCACAAGGGGGAUUCCCUCCCCAGGAAGGGUAUGGCCAGCCCGUCUACGGUUCCCCAGAACCCACACAGUCCCCGGUCCAAGGGCAAGGCGCGCCAGCACCAGCCGCAGGUGGAAAGAAGAAGAGAGCGUACGCUGGUGAGGCAUUCGAUUUUGGCUCCGGCGCCAAUGCCGCGCUGGGUGGACAACCCACGGCUGGGGGUGCUUACGGGGCUUACCCUCAGCAGCCCCAAGUUGCAGGAUAUCAACAACCCGCAUACGGUGCGGACCCCAACCAGAUGCAGCCCGUAGCACCAUCAUACGGCGCGCCUGUUGCCGCGGAUGUCUCGCAGAUGACCCAGCAAUUCGGUGGAAUGGGCAUGAGCGAGCCUCAUCAUAUGCCGCCCCCGCAGCCUGUGGCCCAAGCCCCGAUGCGACCUCAAGUCCAACUCAACCAGCUUUACCCCACGGACCUUCGAUCCCAACCUUUCAACGUCGCUGAGCUGGACUAUCCCCCUCCUCCAAUUAUCUUGCCUCCGGGAACCAGUGUUUACCCAUCGCCCGAAGCCAACUGCCCUACGAAAUAUAUGCGAUCCACGCUCAACGCUGUCCCCACAACCAGCUCACUCCUGAAGAAAUCAAAGUUGCCCUUCGCCCUUGUCAUCCAACCGUAUGCUUCUCUUCACGACGCCGAGGACCCCAUUCCUGUGAUUCCAGACCAAGUCAUCUCCCGAUGCCGACGUUGCCGCUCAUAUAUCAACCCCUUCGUCACCUUCCUUGACCAUGGCCACCGCUGGCGUUGUAACAUGUGUAACCUGACGAACGAUGUGCCACAAGCCUUCGAUUGGGAUUCUACACUGCAAAAGCCCGCCGAUCGUGCGCUGCGUGCCGAUCUCAACCACAGCAUGGUCGAAUUCGUUGCGCCGCAGGAGUACAUGGUCCGCCCACCUCAACCUCUGGUCUACCUCUUCUUGAUCGAUGUGAGCUAUGCAUCGGUGACCAAUGGUCUUUUGGCCACCACCGCUCGCACUAUCCAGGAGAGCCUUGAUCGCAUCCCGAACGCAGACCGCCAGUCCUCCGAGCCCCGGAUGUUGGUUGUCAGUGAUCUGGAUGAGCCUUUCCUCCCCAUCCCUGGUGAUCUCCUGGUGACGCUGAGCGAAUGCCGGGAGAACAUUGAGGUAUUCCUCCGCAAGCUGCAGGAAAUGUUCCAGAACACCCAAAACAACAGCUGUGCCAUGGGCGCGGCAUUGCGGGCUGGUUACAAAUUGAUCGCCCCCGUUGGUGGAAAGAUGACUGUCCUGAGCUCAUCUUUACCCAACACUGGUCAUGGAGCGCUCACUAUGAGAGAAGACAAGAAGGUGCUGGGCACCAGCAAAGAAUCGAGUCUGCUUCAAACGGCAAACUCAUUCUACAAGAGCUUCGCCGUCGAAUGUUCAAAAUCUCAAGUCUCCGUGGAUAUGUUCCUCUUCUCAUCGCAAUACCAAGAUGUUGCGUCUUUGAGCUGCUUGCCUCGCUACACUGGUGGUCAGACCUACUUCUACCCUGGCUGGAACGCUGCACGGACUGAAGAUGCCAUGAAGUUCGCCCGUGAGUUCUCUGACUACCUCUCCUCGGAGAUUGGUCUAGAGGCCGUUCUCCGCGUGCGCGCAACCACCGGUCUGCGCAUGAACACCUUCUACGGCAACUUCUUCAACCGUAGUUCCGAUCUAUGUGCUUUCCCCGCCUUCCCCCGUGACCAGGCCUAUGUGGUCGAAGUGGCCAUUGAUGAGACGGUCACCAAGCCGGUCGUCUGCAUGCAAGCGGCUGUCCUCCACACUACCUGCAACGGUGAACGUCGUAUCCGUGUCUUGACCCUAGCGCUCCCAACGACCCAGACCCUGGCAGACAUUUACGCCUCGGCUGACCAGCAGGCCAUUGCCACAUUCUUCAGUCACAAGGCUGUCGAGCGUACAUUGAGCAGCGGCCUUGAGCCCGCUCGCGAGGCUCUUCAGGCCAAGGUCGUGGAGCUUCUGCAGACCUACCGCAAGGAGCUUGCGGGUGGUAGCGUUAGCGGUGGUGGCCUUCAGUUCCCUGCCAACUUGAGAGCCUUGCCUGUCCUGUUCCUUGCCAUGAUCAAGAACCUUGGUCUUCGCAAAUCUGCCCAGAUCCCCACGGACAUGCGGUCCGCAGCUCUCUGUCUUCUGUCGACCCUUCCCCUACCCCUCCUCAUCCAAUAUAUCUACCCGAGAAUGUACUCACUCCACGACAUGCCCGACAAUGUGGGUGUGCCUGAUCCACAGACCGGCGAAAUCCUCCUGCCCCCUGCUGUCAACUUGUCUUCGGGCCGCCUCGUGCCCUACGGUCUGUACCUCAUUGACGAUGGCCAGACCCAGUUCCUCUGGGUUGGCCGUGAUGCUGUUUCGCAGCUUAUCGAGGAUGUCUUCGGCGUCCCUGACAAGUCGCAGUUGCGGGUGGGCAAGCAAACCCUCCCCGACGUCGAGAACGAGUUCAACCAGCGUGUGCGGGCCGUGGUUGAGAAGAGUCGGGAUCACCGGGCCAAGGGUGUGGGCAGCAUGAUCGUGCCUCACCUGUACGUUGUUCGGGAGGAUGGUGAGCCCGGUUUGCGUCUUUGGGCUCAGACAAUGCUAGUUGAGGACCGUGCCGAUCAAAGUCUCAGCUUGGAUCAGUGGAUGGGUUCCUUGCAGGAGAAGGUUUGA